CUAUAGCACAAUGACCGCAGUACGUAUCUCACCCCACGGUGGGGGCUGCUGCUAGCGGGGUACACCUGGCACACCUGAACAAUUGAGGUUCCCAGAAGCAAUCAGCUCCCAAAUACAAAGCUGCAUUAGGAAUUCCAGCCUUGAUAGCGUUACUUGAUAGCGUUGCAUUAACAAUCACCCCUCAUAAUCUUCACAUCACAAUCUUCACAAUCUUUCCAAUCUUCAACAACCCCUGCUGUUACCUUACACCUUACAUAUUGACCUUGCCUUACGUCCAAUUACCUUCACACCCCCCCUGAGUACUAGGUAGGUACCUCUAAUUCACAUACCUCAUUCUCACUGUUCUGAGACGCCUCUUUUCGCCAUUCUGGGUAUUAUACAUACCUCAUACAAAGUCGGGCAUACUUUAGAUUUGCUCGGUUUGGAGGAGAAAGAGGCCCGCAUUCGCACAGCCACUCAGAACGGCUUCGCCCCGUUUGUCCUACCCCCUAUCUGUAGACUAGACUCACCGUCUAACAGGACCUCCCUGGGUUUCGUGGCUCUCGAAUACAAGAAGUAGGCACAUUUCACCUGCGGUCAAGCUUUGGACAGCAAAACACAUCAAAUUCAUCCCAUUCCACCCCAUCCCAUCCCAUCCCAGUCCGAGCAUCUGGAUCCGAUAUAAGUCUAAGCCAAGUCAUCAUCAUCAUACACCCCACUCCACCACCCCGAUGGCUAACGAUAAGGAUAUGAUCACCUGCCACAUUCUGGACACCUCCGUAGGCAAGCCGGCCAAGGGGGUCCGCGUCAAGCUGGAAGGUGGCCACGCUCCGCUCAAGACCUUCGAAUCUCAGACCGAUGACGACGGUCGUGUCAAGGCGUGGCUACCGUAUUCCGGCAUCCACUCUUCGGGAGAUGUACCCACCUACACUCUAGACGACGUGCUGAGCGAGGUGGAAACCAAAUCCACGUGGACUCUUCGUUUUGACACGGGAAGUUAUUUUGGCGAGGGAAACACGUUCUUCCCCGAGGUCCUAGUCACGUUCACCGUCGAGAAGGGCCAGCACUACCACGUACCGCUACUGCUGUCUCCUUAUAGCUAUACGACUUAUAGAGGCAGUUAAGGCACACACUUCAAAGGAGGUUGAGGAGGGAGGGAGAUAGGGGGGACUAAUGCCAUUGGAAUGCUAUCAAAAAAACGGACCAUGAUUUCGGUGAUAUCUACCAAAUCUUGAUAGAUAUUGGAAUCACGGCGUCAACUCGGCUAUCAUCGGUUAUUAUCUCGACUUAUGGAUACCAAGUACCUAACCUUUAACCUUUGGCACAUCAUUUCAUCCACAGCAGCUUACACGCCUCGGCGUGUUCUCCCCGGCACAUAUGGAGGUGGAAUACUCGCCAAAGAACCCUCGCGUAAAGGGGGAAACCUUCGUUACGACUUUUAGUCUAGACUUGCGACUCAAUUAAACAUAAGCCACCUUUUUUAAGAAAUUUCCAUCUUCUUGGGCCCAAGUUGUUAUUGUUAUUGUGACUUUAUAAUGCACACCAUUGAAUACGUCUCUACCAACUCUGUACAUACCUACCUCUAGGUAGAAA